AUGAACAAACCAACAACCGCGGGAAUGAUACCACCCUCGGCCCUACCCCCAGGCAUCGCAGUCGCGGGUUCUUCGAUGGGAGAUGAUGUGAGACCCGGAACCCAGAAGUACAUGGCCAAGAGAACUCGCAGGCAUCAUCCAGGCACCAUCAGAAAAGCUUCGGACUCACCUCUCCCCCCGCUCGCCGAUAUGCUAUCCCAUAAGCCUACAGUGAUUGGAGAGGCGGCAGCAGCAGGAGAGGCUGCAUUUCAACGCCCAACUCCAAUCCCAAUCUCCCAAACAUCGCACGCUAAUCCAUACUAUACUAGCACGCAGCCAGAGUUGCGAUUUCAGAGCCAAAGUCCGCGCAACCCAACUCAGAAUGGUGAUUUCUGGUUUUCGAGCACUUCACGGAGUCAUUCCCAAGGACUACCCCAACUAGAACGCCGAACAUCUGCAAUUUCAAGUGAUGCCCGACAGGAAUUCAACCCACGGACAAUGGGUGCUGGAAAUAGUGCCCAUGAUAACCUGUACGCAUGCGCACCUGUCAUGAAGAAACCCAGGCUGGAAAAUGGAGCCUCGGUGGAAGGCUCGCCAGGCAAGGCGUCGCGGUCACCUUCAACAACAGUACCGAGGAGCCAACCUCCGCCAAGAAACUUCACUUGGAACGGCCACACUGAAGAUGGUGGUCCAGUUUGUAUUGACUUGACCAAAGAUGCUCCAGGCCCGGAAUCAAGUCCCGAUAAGGGCGCCAAGGGUGGAAACGAAGCUAAAUCCAAACAAACUGAACCCGGAAAUCCAAUCACGUCUAGAGGAGGGGACACAGGUGCCGCAACAAUUGGCUUGCCUACUAAUCACCAAAUACAUCAACAAUCUCCCUCACCGGCAAGGGCGUCAUCCGUGUUGCAACCUCCGCCGCAUACUCAUGCCACGUUCGUCCCACAGAGCCCUCACACACCAGACAAGAGACAGAAGCUCCUCAACGGGUCUUCAAAGACUGUAAAUGGAGCUCAACAGCCCCAAAACAAGCCGCGUUCUCCGGCAUCCGCCAAGAUUUCAGCCGACCUGACCCAAAACCAAGAGACUGGCAAAAAACACAGCCGGUCUAGCACUUAUUUAUCUACAGACGGCGGUACAACCACAUCCCUAAAUGCAGUGUUUCAAAAGACUGUCAAAUCAGCUCAAUUCGACUCGUCUGCGUUUGACACAGCCAUAUACAAGCAGCUUGGGGCGGUACAUGCUCCAGCAGGGGUGACAGUUGCUCCACACCUCCCAAACUAUACUCCAAGAGAGUCUCAGAGGCGGUACAUACAUGCCAAUCCGGCAAUUCACGGCAUGCACAAUCGACCUGACGUGUGGUACGCCAGAAAAGCCCAGGAGAUACAGGAUCGUGGCGGCCGCAAGUUUUGGUUCGGCAAAGUUGCAGCACGCCUUCGCUGGUUGAAGAGCAAGCGGGCUGGAUCUGCCAAAGCAAAACCGGAUGAAAAUGCUUUACCAGAACGGUCUGACCCCGAGCCACGAACCUACAACCGACCACUCGACUUUGGCGACGUGCCCGAGUCCCAACUACCCGAGGACGUACAGCAGAAUGAAGAUUGGCUAAAGGCUUGCGCGUGGUUCAGGCAGCAACAAAAUAUGCGAGAAAUACGACUCCGCGAAUCUAAAAGAUGCGAGCAAGAAGCUAAUGAGUACUACAAGAUCAUUUCGCAAGGGGGUCUUCCCAACUUGGGAUCAGAUGUGGGCAAGUGA